CCAACGCAUUUUCUGCAGGAAAUGCGUUGUCUAGUUGUUGGGAUCCUUUGAAGCACAGUUACAUGGGAUUUGCAUAUGGAUGCAUAUGGAUGAGGAGGCGAUCUAUGCCGCCACAUGCCGGUCUGAGAUCAGUUCAUGACCGACUGCUCCUGCCACUUUUCCAUCUCAGUGUUAAUGAGCAAACACAGUGAUAUAGAAGUGAAUAAAUAUAAAUAAUGAGUAUAAAUAUUGUCCUAGUACAUUAUACAUUGAGUAGUAUUCAGAGGUGUACUUGUACGGUCUCCCGCAUUGUAAUGUAUUGUUUUUACUGUACGUCUCCUCAGAGGUAAUGAUUUGCUCCUUUAAGAAACUUGUUUUUCCUACUCUCUCCUGCGGCCCUGAACGCCCUGUGACGAGCAGGGACAGCUGCUGGGUGGGCGGGGCUUCGUGUUGCCCAACAUGGCUGCGCCCUGCUCGGAUCAACAGGUCUGAAGGUGUCCAUCAUGUCCAGCCAGCAGGUGAGUAUCGGUGAGCUCUUGCUCUCAUUGGACAGUCCGGAGCUGCAGGAGGCGGAGCAAGUCAGAGCAACUGUCAAUCAACAGCUCAACACAGACAGAGGAGGUGCGGUUGUGUCCUCUCUGGUUGAGUAUUACGUGGACUCCUCUUCCUCCCAGGUGGUGCUCCUCCUCUCCUCCAUCCGAGAGCCUCACCACAAGCCGCUGCUGGAGAAGCUCAAUGAGUCUCUGAACCGACCCGGGUCCCGACUGGCGGGUCUGACCCUGCUGGGUCACCUGAUCCGGAACCAGCCCCCCUGGGUUCAUCACGUGAGCCGCUCGGCUCUGCUGCCCUCCCUGCUGCGCUGCCUCAAGACUGAGACAGACGUGGUGGUCCUCAUCACAGGAGUCCUGGUCCUCAUCACCUUAUUACCCAUGAUCCCUCAGGCCGGGAAACAACACAUCUACGACUUCUUUGAUGUGUUCGGACGCCUUGUUUCCUGGAGCCACAAAAACCCUGGUCACGUGCCUGUGGAGCACCUGGUGCACCUCCAUGCAGGUGUGUACUCUCUGUUCCACCGGCUCUACGGGAUGUUCCCCUGCAACUUCAUCUCCUACCUGAGGCUCCACUACAGCAUGAAGGAGAACCUGGAGUCCUUCCAGGAGGUCGUCAAGCCGAUGUUGGAACAUGUCAGGGUUCAUCCAGAGUUGAUCACAGGGACUCAGGACUAUGAACUGGACCCGUCCAGGUGGAGGUGUUAUGAAGUCCAUGACAUCGUGAUCGAGUGCUCCAGAGUGUCACUAGAUCCUCUGGAGUCCUCCUGUGAGGAGGACAUGUACUCUUUCAUCAGAGACCCUCCUUCCUCGCCUCAACUCACCCUCAACUUCAGUCCUCCAAACAGAGAGAUUCUCAGCAGCUCAGGGAGUUCAGUUCUUCUGUCUGACCGUCUGACUUUGAAUCAGCCGACACUCAGCAGCUCCUUCCUACAGGCUGAUGAUGUCACAUGGAGUCCCUCGUCUCCGUGUGGUUUGUCGACGCCCCCUCCAGAACCUGCUGCAGCAACCCCCCCCCCUCUGAGGAGGUCUGCCUCUAUGUCAGGUGUGAAAUGUCCGUCAUCAGCCACCGUCCCAGCAACACCACUGACUAAAGAAAUCCAAGAUGGCCGUCACAACAAUGAUCAGGUGAAGCUGGUCCCACAGCUGGAGGCGUCGUCUACUCAGCCAAUCUCAGAGCUGGAGGCAAGAGGCCACAGUGAUGUCAUCAAUGACAUCAGGGAAGACGUCCGUCAGCAGCACUCCUCCACCUCCUCUGAGCCGUUCCUCCUCACCUCCACUCCUCGUCGUGAGGAGGCGCCCCCCUCCCAUCCGGGCUCUGUCUCACUCUGCUUCACCCCCCAGGGGUCAGAGGAUCGAGGCCCCGCCCCUCCGUACGAGCUCCUGUUUGAGCUGGCUCUGCCACGAGCCGCCAUGCUCUUUGUUGGGAGGAUGACCCAGGAGGCUCUGGAGAGAGGAGCAGCAGCAGCAGGAGGAGGAGGAGGAGCAGGAAGAGGAGGAGGAGAGGAGGAAACCUCCAUCUCUCCUCUGGAGGUUUUGGAUCAGUUGAUUGUCCACGGACAGGACGUCCAUGAGCACCUCAGCAGAAGGUUGUCAGCAGGGAACAAGUCGAUGGAUCGGAGUCAUUUUGGAGGUAAACAGCAGGGCAUGAAAACCAAAGGCCCCGCCCAGGGGGAGGACCUUCAGUCCCUGAGGAGUCAGCUUUUGCUGGUCCACAGUCAGCUGCAGUACGAACGCUUCAAACGUCAGCAGCACGCUGUCAGGAACCGCCGUCUGCUGCGGAGGGUCAUCAACUCCACCGCGCUGGAGGAGCACGCCGUUGCCAUGAAGGGUCAGCUGAGCCUCCAGGACGAAGAGAUUCGCUCCCUGAAGUCGAGUCUGCAGGACGAACACACACGCUACACACAACUACAGCACGACACACACACACACACCACCAAGCUGCACACGCACAACCAACAGCUGCUGCUGCAGCACCGGGACGAGCAGAGAGACAAGCAGAGACUCGAGAGUGAGCUCCAGGAGCAUCAGAGUAGGUUGAAGGACCUGGAGGCGGAGCUUCAGAAGGCCAAUAACGAGGCUUACAAUGCCGAACACCAGCUGACCGAGCUGUCACUCAAGUUGUGUAGCAGUGAGCAGCUGCAGCAGCAGAUCUUCUUGUUGAACCAGCAACUCGUCCUGCUGAGAGACACCAACAGAGCUCUGUGUGAGCAGCUGGAGGCCGGAGACACACACCGUCGCACUGAGGCUUCCAUGCUGCAGUGCACCGUGGGUAACGAGUACCAGCGGCUGAAGGACAGCGACGUCCAGCAGAGGCAGAAGCUGGAAGCAGCCAAUCACAGGAUAGCAGAGCUGGAGAACCAGCUGGCCAAGAAGGAACAGCUGAUCCUGGAUCACAAGAAGCUCCUGGAGGACACCAAGGCCCAGGGCAGGGGGGGUCUGUCUGCCUGUGAGAGCCGCUGUGCGUCUUUGAGGAGAGUCGCCCAGACGCUGCAGACCGAGAUGCUGCACCUGUACAGCCAGAUUCACCUGGACGCACACGCGGACCUCAGGCCAAAUGGCGCCAGCGUCGCCUUGCCAGCUCCUCAGGACGGCCACAAGCCCCGCCCUUCUUCUGGUACAAUGAACGGCGUCGCUGAGACCCUUUCCUCCUCCCCUCUGUACCUCCCGCCCUGCUCGUCCUCCCCCAUCGACUCCCACUUGGCUGUUGGCUCCUUCCUGGAGCAGCGCGCGCGGCAGCUGUUCAGACCGGCCGAGGAGGAGGAGGAGGAGCCAGUAGAAGAGGAGGAGGAGCCAGUAGAAGAGGAGGAGGAGGAGCAGGAGGCCCAGCCAGACAGCCCUCCUCUGGGUCAGGAGGCAGAGAUCCUCCUUGCAGGGAGUCUUCAGACAGAGGCCCCCAGCAAGACCUCCUCUGGGCCUCCUGGAGACCUGACGCUCGCUGUACGACAGAGGAGGCACGAACUCAGCAUCAUGGACUACGACGAGAUACUGAGGGGGGAGGACCACUGAUGGAGGGUGGAGGGAUGAAGGAGGGAGGAUAGAGGGAUGGAGAUGGCAUGAUGAGUCAAACGGAGGUGGAGAUCAAAGCAACGGCUCCAGUUGUUAGCAGGCUACCGCUAACUAGCUACAGGACCUCCAUUCGCACCCUAUAAUAAAACAACAACUUUCUGAAACACUAAAAGUAGAAACGCUCGACCUAACUGCUAACAUGCUACGUUACAUGCUUUGGUUUUUAGAAUCAUUAAACAGAACAGGAAUUUGACUUUUGGCCAACAUUAUAUUGGUUCUUAUUCACUGUUAAAUUCAUUAAAACUUUUACAGAUAAAAUGAACAAUUCUAUAGUUAAUUAUUGUUUUGUUUUGGUAAAAGCACGGGCUACAUCCCAGCUAACACGAACAUGCUAACAUUGCCUUGUUAGCUAACAGUGCUUAAACCUCUGCUACAUUGGAAUCGACAUGUUGCUCUGAACUUGUUUUCUUGCUACCAAAGAGCCCGAGUUAAGCUAACCCCCCCCCCCAUGGCUCCUUAAACGAGUUAUCACUGCUAAGCUAGGUUAGCUUGUGACGUCACUGCCCAUUUAAACCAAAGACUCCUCGCUGACUGUUUCCUCGUCAGCUGAUUGGACGAAUGUUAAACUGUGAAAUAAAGACGUGUAAAACCUC